AUGGACGUCGACCUGCCUCCACCUUCGGCACCCUCGACCGACGUAGAGAACCCUUUUGCCACAAGACCCUCCGAUGUUGAUACCUCAAGUACAGCUGCCACCGUGCAAGCCGUGGAUGUCAGGAACCCCUCCCCCAAUCCAGACGCUAUUGAGCCAAUGAACGAAGAGGCUGCAGGGAAACCGGUAUCUCCACAGCUUUCGAAUAUCCACCUUCCUUCAGUAUCCGAACCAGUCGCGCCUAUGCUCGUUGACGAUCUGGAACAACCCGGCACUCAGCGGUCCAGGAGAACAUCACCAGUCGACCCUCAGAGCUACUCGCUAGAUCGUCCACUUAACGUGACAGACGCUCUCAGCUAUCUUGAUGCUGUCAAGGUUCAAUUUUCCGACCAACCCGAUGUCUACAAUCACUUCUUGGAUAUAAUGAAGGAGUUCAAAAAUGAGCAAAUUGACACUCCCGGCGUUAUCAAGCGCGUUUCCCAUCUAUUCAACGGACAUCCGUCCCUUAUUCAAGGCUUCAAUACCUUUCUUCCUGUGGGGUAUCGCAUCGAAUGCUCGACAGACGCACACGAUUCCAACUUUAUUACAGUCACCACUCCUAGUGGUACCACAAUGCAGACUACGAAUAACGGACUGGGAAAAGGGCCCAUCUUUUGGUCAACCUCACCGACUUCAGGAGGUCUGUGGCGCCGGGAGGGUGGGAUUGACUACGCCGUGGAACAUGUGACGUCGCCGGACCCCAGGUCGUAUGGUAUCGAUGGACAAGCCAUUGAGCCUGCUGUCCAAUACGUCCAGAAAAUCAAACAACGCUGUGAUCCAGAUACGUAUCGACAAUUUUUGGACAUUCUCUCCCGUUAUCACCACAAAUCAGACAUAAUUGAUGAGGAAGAGGUUUCACGCCAAAUCGCAAAACUUUUCAAGGACGCUCCUGACCUCAGAGCCGAUUUUCGUGUUUUCAUGCCGGAUAGAAGCCAACAGUUGAUGGAUGACGGCCCCACGCAUCCGCGGCCUGGGACCCCUUUAGAUAAGAAUAGACGCAAGUUGGAUAUUGUCGCAAAUUCAUCGAGCUCAGCAUUGCCACAGAAGAGAAAACGGAAAGUCCCUGAAAAGGAGAAAGAGAAAGAGCCGGUUGUAACAAAGGCAGCGCCCCCUGCGAAAAAACCCAAACAUUCCAACUCGCAAGAUUUGACCCCGCUGUCAUACAAUCCCAAGCACAUCAUUGCCGGCCCAUCCUCGCCCCGUCGAACCGUUCCCCACAACCAACCACCCCCAGUACCUAUGCGAGCGCCUCCAGUCAAUGACGAUACACACUUCUUUGACCGUGUCAAGAGGGCAUUGGAUAACGGAGAUAUAUACAACGAGUUCCUCAAGGUUGUUAAUUUGUUUGCGCAAGACUACAUCGAUACAGCAAGGCUGGUCAAGGAGAGCCGGAAUUUCCUUGGGGAAGGCGAGUUGAUGAAACAGUUCAAAGAAAUUCUUGGCUGGGAUGAGAGGAAAGAAAAGGAACACUUCUUGGCAGAACAGCAGUCGCAGAGCAAUUGGAAGAAACCCGCAGUUACCGAUCUACAACAACGACCUGGACGCAUUGACUUGGGCGAGAAGUAUGGAAGCUAUCGCAAGGUUUCUGAAAAAGAAGCAAACGUGCCAUGCUCAGGUCGCGAUGAUAUGUGCCGUUCGGUUCUGAAUGACGAAUGGAUUUCGCAUCCUACUUGGUCAAGUGAAGACCCACCCAUCAUUCCUCAUAAAAAGAACAUCUACGAAGAAGCCCUACAUCGAAGCGAAGAGGAACGUCAUGAAUACGAUUUCCACAUUGAAGCGAUCGUGCGGACUAUUACGAUGCUCGAGCCUAUCAGUAAUAAAAUCGCACAGAUGAACGUAGAGGAUCGUGGGAACUUCAAGCUGAAACCGAAUCUGGGUGGAUCAUGGAAACCGAUCCACCAACGCGUAGUGAAGAAGAUAUAUGGCAGGGAAGCCGGUUUGGAGGUAAUGCAAGCUAUGCAAGACACCCCUGCGUUGGCGAUCCCUGUGGUGUUGCAACGUUUGAAGCAGAAGGAAGAGGAGUGGAAGCGAGCGCAGCGAGAGUGGAAUAAGAUUUGGCGAGAGGUGGAUGCGCGGAAUUAUUCCAAGAGUCUGGAUCAUCAAGCUAUUGAUUUCAAGGCGGCGGAUAAGAAAGCUAUGAUGUCCAAGUCGUUCGUGAGCCAGAUUGAGGCUGCGAGGGAGGAGCAGAUGGACAAGCGGGCUUCUUUGAUUGACCCUUUGUUCGCGAGGACGAGGCCGAGACAUCAACUGCAGUUUAUCAUAGAUGACGUUCAGAUUCUUCAAGACUCGAUGAAGUUGACUUUUUCUUUCCUCGAUCGGACUCAGGGACAAAUCAACUUGACGGAUCGCAAGCGCAUCGAAGGGUUUCUCCGGACUUUCAUUCCGAUAUUUUUCACCCUUGAUCCUGUUGCGUUUAACUCUGCGUUUGUCGUUGUGCAAGAGACGCCGGAGAGUGAUCUCAGUGAUGCAGAUGCUGCCAGCAACGUAGAUGACGCAGAGGUAUCCAGCAAUGGCACGAGCAGCCCCAGGACGGGUCGAGGUCGGAAAACAGCCAAUGGGUUAUCGUCAGGCAGCGAUCUACGAAAGAAAUUGCUGAAGAGCGAACAAGCAAAGUCAACCAGCCGAAAGACCAGGGCUCAGGAAGCCCCUACACCUUCUGCAUCGCGUCUAGCUUCCCCUGUAAUUGUUGAGGAAGAGCCGAAGGGUGACCCGUCUGCUCGGCGGCUACCGAGGCAGAACAUCUUCUUCUCAAAUACCGUUUUUUAUACCCUGCUGCGUUUGAUUGAGAUGCUUUAUUCUAGACUACACCUGUUCAAAGACCUCGCUGCCGAAAUUGCUGCGCAAGAUCCCAAAACUCGAAGACUGAAUCACGUCGGGAAAACAGACCGCCUGCAAAAUGGCGAAACUCCCCGCGCUCAGCAUUACUACGAACUGAUGCUUGAGUCAUGCGAGCGGUUGUUUGAUAAUGAACUCGAACAGCAUGCUUUUGAGGACCAGAUGAGGGGCAUGUUUGGAACUAAGAAUGCCUAUCAGCUGUUUACGAUCGACAAGCUAAUUGGGGCGAUCGUUAAGCAGGUGCAAGCCGUGUUCUUAGAUCCGAAGAGUCAAGAUCUUCUUGAGAUUCUGAAACGAGAGCGGUCGCUCAACUCUCCGACCACUCAAGACCAAAUAAACAGCCGACGCAACGCCGAGAAGGUUCUUGGACCUGAUGAGAACCUAUUCCGUAUCGACUGGCUUUCGGAUUCAAAGACGAUCACUGUUCAGCUGAUUGGCAAGGAUGAUUCAAGCUUUGAUGACUCGGAAGUACUGUCGGGUCGUUGGCAGGCUUAUCUUGACUCAUUUGUUGCGUCCGAGACUACGCCGGGUAUCUCUCAGACCAGGAUUAAGCGCCCUUUCCUGAGAAGGUUAGCACAUCCAAGAUCAUCCCUGAGCUCAAAGUUGACGAAUUGUCUUGACAGAAACAUCCCUGCUGCCGUUCGAGACACCCCUCCAGACGUCUCAACACAAGAUGGCCUUGAGAUAAAGGUCUGCGUGCGAACAUAUCGACUGUUCUAUGUGUCAAAAACGGAAGACUUCCUGUGGAAGUAUAGGAGCAAAGAGGAGAUGGAGAAGAACUCCCUGCGUUUGAAACCUAGGAACGCCCUACGGAGAAAAUGGAUAGAGCCAGCGAAGGCAAAGUCGUGA